AUGGCAGACCAAAUUCCCAAAACCAUGCGAGCGGCCGUCGUCAAGGACUUCAACAAAGGCUACGAAGUCCGCGACAUCGACGUGCCCACCGAUCUUGGCCCAAAUGACAUCCUUGUCAAAAUCGCCGCAGCAGGCUACUGCCACACCGAUCUACAAGUAAUGCAGGGCGUCUAUGAAUCUGCAGGCGCAAAGCCAGGCUUGGUCGGGUCCCAUGAACCCGCCGGAACAGUCGUCAAGGUUGGAUCCGACGCAGGCAAAUCAAACAUCCACGUUGGCGACCGUGUUGGCUCAAUCAAUACAUUUGCAUUCUGUGGAGAGUGUAACGCUUGUAAGCACCAGGGCCAGCAGCUCUGUGAGAAGCUGGUUGGCAUGCUCGGCUUGACUAUCAAUGGCGGUUUCGCCGAGUACAUGAAAGCCGACGCCCGUGUCGUGUCGAAGAUUCCCGAGUCUAUUCCGUGGGAUGAAGCCGCGCCGCUUUUCUGCGCUGGCGCCACGGUCUACGGCGCCCUUUUGGCAUCUGGUGUUAAGCGAGGCGAGUGGCUGACGAUUGUUGGCAUUGGUGGCCUUGGACACCUGGGUGUGCAAUACGCCAAAGCCCUAGGUGCGAAUGUAAUCGCCAUCGACAACCGAAAAGAAGGAAUUGAGACCGUUCUCUCCGUUCCAUCACAUCUCAGACCGGAUAAGACGUUCGUGAUCGACUCCGAGGACGCGCAAAAACGAGUCAUCGAAGAACUGCAGUCUUCCUUCUAUGACACCAAUCCGGGCGUGGACCGUGUGGUUAUCAACGCGGAAGCACGAAAUCUCAUCAAAUUCUCACAGCAGUUCCUGCGCAAAGGUGGCGUUGUGGUUGAUGUUGGUUUGCCGUCGGAGACGACGCUGGAAGUCGAUCCGUUUGCGCUGAGCUUUAAGGAGCAGACUGUGAAGGGACGGUUGAUCUGUACCCCUGAGCAGAGUCAGGAUAUGAUUAAUCUACAUGCGAAGAAUGGUUGCAGGGCGCACAUUGAGAAGACUUAUGGGGUGGAUCAGAUUAACGAGAUGUUUGAGCAUUACCAGAGGAAGGAUUUGAAGGGUCGGCUUUGCAUGGUGUUUUAA